GUCAUUGUGAACGUUCACCAGCACCAUUAUGUCAUGAUGGCAAUGACGAAGCAAGCCACAAUAGAGCUGGACUCGGCAUGGCAGCACCUUUAUCUCGCUAUCAAAGAACAGCAUGAUGAAAUUAAAGGUACAGAAUGUCAGAGGUGGCUUCUAAAGUUGACAGAAAAUGGGCAGGCUGGCCACUUCAGAGCUUUUGUUGAAGUGGCGGCCGUGAAUAGAAUCAAAAGUGAAGUGGAUGCGUUCUACGCCUCGCUACGGGCAACUGGUCCACAGGAAAUAUCGACCAAUCGGAUCGAUAAUACAACGCUUGAGCAUGUACAGCAGGCACUCUUCAAAUUUGACAAUGAAGUGGAUAGAUUAAGCAAUAUCAUCUCAGGAGUGAACCAACUCUACCGGUCUGUGAAUGCAAUAUAUGACUGCAUAGACAGCGAAUUAGUAGUGAACAACACACUCACAUUCGUGACGGUCCAUAGAGACAUUGGCAAGUUGAGGAAAAUAUUCUCGAUUGUGCUCGAUACCGCUGUUGCUAUUCUAUACAGGAGAGUAGUUCGGGAAGAGAGAGGGAGCGAUGACGAGUAUGAUUCAGGCGAUAACCUGGACACUGAGGAUGCGGUCAUGUAUGAUGCUGCAGAAAGCACAGCAAUAUUCGAAGCGUGCCUUUCUAUUGGACGGUUGGCAAAUUCACUUGGAUUAAGUGAACGAGUGCUAGACCCGCAAGUCAGGUCUACGCUAAAGUCGUACAUGAUCUCAUACAUCAACGAGGACUUCAUCAAGGGAUGCUAUGAGGAGUCUGUGCUGGGACGCAUAGGCCACUUUGUGGAUGCGAUAUGUCGCGACUUACUUGGAAAGAUAACACCGCCGCACUCGAUGGAGAGGAAACGGGCGGAGGUUCGGCUGUUGGCAAACAAGGCCUUAUGCGAUGCCAGGACUGAAGAGAUAUUUGAUCUCAUCGCCACACCGGACUCAGAGCCAGCUCUCGAAGACCUGAAGUUUUGCCUGGAACAGACGGCGCAACAUUCAAAGUUUGUGGCCUACGCUCGGGAAAUCCUACGAAUGCGUCUGCUACAUCCAGGAGCAGACACGUCCCCAAUCCUCACGCAAUACGUGGACGCCAUCAAGGCCCUGCGAAUACUCGAUCCCUCGAGCCAGAUGGUGCAUGCUGUGUGUGAACCCGUGCAGCAUGCGCUCCGACAGCGCGAAGACACCAUCCGGUGCAUAGUACAAAGUCUCACGGACACGGAUGACAAGAAGGGACUGUUGUCCGACGCACACACACCCACUACUAAAACACACGCACGCCUCCAAGGCGUUGAUAUCGAGAUAGAUGAUUGGGAAAACUGGCAGCCCACGCCCAUGGAUGCGUCGGGCGAUGCGAAGACGGCGAGGACAGCGGAUAUCAUGACUAUGCUUGCCGGUAUCUACGGAAGCCAGGAGCACUUUGUGAAUGAAUAUCAGCUGCUUCUGUCUGCCAGGCUGUUAGAUGCCCUGGACUACCAGAUCGACGACGAGAGGAGAAAUCUGGAGUUGCUGAAGGUGAGGUUCGGCGAAACAAAUCUUCAUCAAUGCGAGGUUAUGCUGAAGGACAUUCACAAUUCACGGAGAAUCAACGAGGCCGUCCAUGAACUAUUAAUACAGGAUUCCGAGAUGCGUAACAAUGAUUCAAGUCUGAUGACGACCGAUGACGUACCCGUCGAUCUGACCAUAAUAUCGCGACUAUUCUGGCCCCAACUAAAAAAUCACACGCUUAUUCUACCGGAGAAGGUCAACAGGUGGCUGGAGGAGUACGAAGAAAGUUACUCAAAAUUCAAGCAAGAUAGACGUUUGGCAGUCAAGCCGGGAUAUGGGAGGGUAGACUUAUCCCUCACAUUCGACGAGUGGGAGUUGGACGUAACUGUGCUGCCCGACCAAGCGGCAAUCAUAUUAUGUUUCGAAAGCAAAGAUGUACUGACAGUAGAGGAACUCUCAACGAUGGUUGGACUUGCGCAGAAGGAAGUUCGGAGGCGGAUAGGAUUUUGGGAAAGCCUAGGGGUACUGGUGGAGGUGUCGCAUGGGGAGUACAGGGUACAGGAAACCAAGCCUUCUCAAGAUACAAGGCAACGUAAAGCCUUCCAUAUGGGUGACGAAAUUGAUGUGGACGAUGCAGCGGAGUCGAUGCAGAUAGAGCUGGAGACAUGUUGGAACUACAUCGAAGCCAUGCUGGUGCAGAUGGAGUCUCUCACUGUGGAGAACAUCCACAUGAGAUUGCAAAUGUUCUUCUCCGGGGACCCGCCCCCUUUGAAUCGUUUGAAGGCGUAUUUGGACGAUAAAGUCUUGAACGACGUACUGGAAUACAGACUAUCGGAAUACCACCUGACGAAACAGUAAGUAGAGAUAGACAUGCAGCUGCUCAAUGGUGGAAGUAAAGCUGUUUUCAUUGAUUACAAUUAAAUCAUGACGUAAAAG